GAACUAAGUUCGGUUCAGCACUCAAAUUAGGGGGGACAUCCAACGAGCGCUUGAGGCCUCAAUCGUUUCCGAGGUUCAAGAUUCUGUAGCAGCAAUAUGUCUGGACAUUUUCACAGGUGGCGCACUCGGAGUAUUGAUGCGUGGGAUACUCUCCAGGUGGAACUGCACGGUCACUAUUCUGCUGAGCGAUUGCUUGAACUUCAGAACUACUCAAACACCGCCAGUAUUCCAGGGUUAACAGCAAUUAUCCUAUUUACCCCACUUCCAUGCCUAUUCACGGUAAUUCUCGCUGACUUCACGCCCUUGAAUUCCCCCGAAGUUGGGACAGACUCCAAUAUGGUUUUCUGGUUGCGUGGGUCGAUGGUUGUGUGGUUCUUCACUUUGUCAUUUGUCGUGCAGUUCCGUGAGAUGAUGCCCAAGCUACCAAUGACUCAAGCUCGCGGUUUUGGUGUAACUCUUCUUGUCAGCACUGGUGUAAUGCUUUAUUGCUACUCGUUGUCUCAUAUCAUCGGUUUUCCAGUUCCAUUCCUGAUGGUUAUGGGCGCCCCCGUUUGGACGACUCUACUCCUGAGUUGCUUUGCAAUUAGUUGGGUAAAACACGUCCGAGCCGACACAAGAGUGCAAGGGCAAAUUGUAGACGGGUUAAAAGUAUUCGUGAUUCAAAUGUCCAUGAUCGUGAUAUACCCGUUUUACAUCUACUGCUUUACAAAACUGUCACAUGUGGCCCAGGCCGCAUUCUCGCUACUGUUGCACGUCAUCAAGAUGACUAUCAAGAACGGAAUCAGCCGCUACAUUCGAUCGCAGACGGACAUGAAGCCUGAAAUUGUGAUCUUCAACGUCGAAGUCUUCAAUGCGCUUUUCGCGUCGUUUUGCAUGCAAAACUCCUCUACAAAGCUCACAAUUGCGGUUAUAAUGGCAGCUGAUCUUCUGCAUAUCGCUAUUUCUCUGCGUGAAGUCUUGCUCAUGCUUCGAGAACUGAAGGAAAUUAAGAGGCAAUUAGACUUAAAUGAAGCGUUGGUGCGGGGUCCAGAGCCGACAGUAAAUCCAAGCAUGAAUGCCAUGACACGUGCGUGUUCAAUUCUAAAGCACAUGAGUGGAUUUGAUAAAGAUACGCUUGAUCAGCAUUCAAAGAGAUCAAGCAAACAAAGCGCAACUUUGUGGUGUUUUCGUCGAGAUAAUAAAGUACAUCCGCAUUCGAAAGCAAGAACAUCUGUAGCUGUACACGAUUCGACCUCGAAGUCACAAGAACCUCGAGAAGAUCAACCCACGGAAGCCGACAUUAAAUGUUGUACACCUCCGCCUGAAACACUUGAAUAUCGACUGGAAAAGAUAAAGGUCGUGUAUGUUCACAAGGUGGCACGUCUGCUACAUUUGGUGGAGUUUAUGAUCCUGGUCGAGUACACAGAGGUCAUCGUUCCGGUUGUCUACUCCAUUUACGUUGGCGCCAUGUCCUAUCUCCCAAACCGUGUAUAUUACCCGCAACUCGCGGAUAUGGGCGCUGCUGGAUUGCAAAGUACUCUGUCGAACGUGCUUUUGUAUGGGUUCCUAGAGUUCAUUUCGAUUCUUGUGCUUGAAUUCGUGCUUCGCAAAUCGAUUAAGUACUCCCCGGUAUGUCAGCUAGGGUUCGUGCUGCGGAACCAGUGGAAAAUGGUGCAAUCGAAGCUGGUUCUAUGGGUAUUGUACGUUGUACAGUCAUCUCUGGUACAUUUCGGUGCCGACUACAGUUUUCAAUUUGCUUGGCUGCAUCAAUCCUCAAACUCAUAGCAAGGGAGCACUCGUUUAGAGCCAUCUUUGACGGAGCUGAUGCACGAGCGGUUGGAUCGUAGGCAAAGCCGGCUUAAAGUCAGCGAUGGCAUCAAUCUUCGCGCGAAUCUCGGGCGUGAUCUUGUCAACAAACUCCAGCGACUUCAGGUUCUCUUCGAGCUGCUCAAUCUUCGACGCACCCAUCAGACAUGUCGACACAUUCUCAUUAGCGACGCUCCAGGCAAUAGCAAGCUGAGGCAGCGAGCAGCCGAUCUCCUUCGCAACUUCUGCAAGCUGCAGAGAUUUCGUAGUUUUCUCUUCCAGUCCAUUCGACAGCAUAUUCGUGAACGCUGGAACGGACAUGCGCGAGCCUUCCGGGAUUCCCUUGCUAUACUUGCCAGUAAGCACACCACCAGCCAGAGGGUAGAACGCAGCCACUCCGUAUUUGUAUUUCUACAUGCACAAAUAAUUAUGUUCAGUACAGCACAAUAGUUUCGUG